GAGCUGUUGGCAGAGCCAUUCCGAUUACAAAUAUGUGCCUUGGAUGCCUUUUGUUCGAGGUUUCAAGUCGAGUUCGCAAACUCGCCGUUUAGUCAGUGACCAAGUGUGUGGUGAACCAAAUCCGUUUCAGUUUCUUUCUGCCAAUUAAAAGCAGCGCAUACAAAGUCCAAGCGAAGGAGCAUUAGAAGUAUCUAUCUAUCUGGAGUAAUCCCUAUCUGUGCAUCACGAAUUGCAACAAAGAAUACAUUUUUUCGGCUGGGCUCUUGCACUCUAGAUGAACUGUGCAGUGCCGACGAGUAUAAAAAACCCAUAAAAUCGAAAUCGAAGCAAGUAAGAAAGAAAAGCAGGCGGAUCGGCCGAUCAUCUGUAUACUAGAGGCUUUCAAUCACUGCGGAAUCGGACUCAUUCCGUACUGCCUUUUAUUUAUGGCGACGGGCGGCUGCUGCGCAUUUGUGUUUGUCCUGAACCAGAUUGACAUCAUCAUCGGUGCCAGAGAGCAAAGUAGAGCUGCAAUACAGAGCUGACCAAAGUGAGCAGAAGUACACGAAAAUCCAGAGGAACUAUUAUCCAAAAUACUGCAAACAGUAUUCCCAAAAUGGCCUGCCACAGUCAGUUGAGGUUAACCAUUUGGCUUUGUGUUACCUUGGCCAUCAUCCUGGAUCAGCAAUUCACCGCAGAGGCUCGCGUGCGAGAUGCGUGCCAGGUGGUGCCCAGUACGAAUGGAGUGUGUGGUCCCACAACCGUGGGAAUCUAUUAUGAUCCGGAGACGCAGAGGUGUCAAUAUAAGGGCUGCAGCAACAGGAGGCUCUUUGACACCCUUGAAAAUUGCGACAAGAUUUGCAACAAUCCGCGACAUGUAAAGCGACGAAAUCAAGCGAAGGCCAAUGAAACUUCGCACUGAAAGCAUUUAAUAUAAUGUAGUAGUAAUAAACAUAAUAUAAAUUUAUUUUUUAAGUAAAAUGAGCCAAUUUAAAAAUGUGAAUAUAAAAAUGGAUGGUUUUAUCCAUUGGAGAUUAGAUUUAACUAACUUAUCCAUUGUAAAUUUAAAUUUUUCUCUCUGCUAACAUUUAUAAAUUUCAAAACAUUGAAUACUGAACACAAAAAUUUAAAAAUUAUUGACUGCUAUUUUGUUUAUCUGGAUUAAACAUUUUACUAUAUUUUUAUAGGCCGUAAACUUUUGAUAAUCUUAAAUCUUUGUAAAUUAUCUAUAACUAUAGUUAAAGUUGAACGUGAAAUUCAAGUGUUAGGAUCUAAGAUUCAUUAAAAUUAAUUUAAUAAUCUAAGAUUAUAACAAAUAA